UAGGGACAGGUACGUUGUGCGGUAAGGUACCUACUUGUAAAAUGUCGAAGACGGUGGAUUUAGAAUUAAAGAAAGCAUUUAAGGAAUUGCAACAAAAAAUGCUGGAAACAACGCAGCAGCUAAAAGUUGCAGAUGCCAGGAUAGAAGUUCUGAAGCAAGGUAUGAGACACACGCAGCUCACAGGAAAGGAACUUAGCAGCAUGCCACCCGAUACAAAAAUGUAUCAAGGAGUGGGUAGAAUGUUCGUCUUGACUGAUGUAAACGAAAUUAAAACGUCGUUGGACAAGAAACAUGAAAGUUACUCCCAGAAAAUUAAACAGCUGGAAAACAAUAAAAUGUAUUUGGAAAGGAAUUUGAAAGACAGCGAAAAUAACCUCCGAGAAAUGAUUCAGCAACGUAAAGAAGCUGGAGACACCAACUGAUUGUGUUUUCGAACUUACAUGUUGAAGAAAAGUGACACUGCCCGCGUUAAUAGUGAAUAUCUGAUUAUUAUGAAAUUAUUUCUUUUUAUGACAUGAAAUAUCGAUUCCCGUAACGCAUUGAAACUAUUCGUGAAGUAACUGUGACGUAACUAUAACCGUUUGUUAUUGUGUGCAAGUUAGUGUGACCCGCUCGACAUUGUUUAUAAACAUGUGGCCUUUAAGAACGAAAUUUGCAGAUAGAAUGGUGAAGUGUCAAAAUUCUGUUUCCCGUAGCUGUAGUUCUGCGUUCGUGCCAAAGCACAAUCCAGUCAGUGUGGAAGAUUUUAGCAAACUUGUUACAUUCAUUGAGACGUCGCAGAAGAUUGCUGUGCUUACUGGAGCAGGAGUAUCGACGGAAAGCGGCAUUCCUGAUUAUCGCUCGGAAAAUGUUGGCUUAUACGCUCGCUCAUCUUCGAGACCCGUCCAGUUUCAAGACUUCUUGAAAAGGGCUGAAGUUCGUAAAAGGUAUUGGGCUCGCAACUUUAUUGGGUGGCCCAGAUUUUCGUCAUUUUCGCCCAAUGCUACACACUACGCUCUACGUGAUUUGGAGGUAAUACACCAGAAAAUUGGUUGGGUUGUUACUCAGAACGUUGAUGGCCUUCAUACUAAAGCUGGAAGUAAUAAUGUUGUUGAACUCCAUGGCACGGCAUAUAGAGUAAUUUGCCUAAACUGUGACUAUAAUGUCAGUAGAAACACAUUCCAGGAAAUUCUUCAACAAAUGAAUCCCAAUAUGAAAGCUUCCACGAAAGUGAUACGACCAGAUGGUGAUGUUGAACUGACUCAGGCUGAAGCAGAAAUUUUCCGAGUCCCAGAAUGCCCAUCAUGCGGAGGCAUACUUAAACCAGACAUCAUAUUUUUCGGUGAAAAUGUUCCAAGAAUGCGUGUAGAAACUGUAAAAAGUAUUGUGGAAGAUUCUGACUCCUUACUAGUACUAGGCUCGUCACUAUCUGUUUUCUCGGGGUUUAGAAUUGUCCUGCAAGCUGCUGAGCUGGAGAGACGUAUUGCAAUUAUAAAUAUUGGCAAGACAAGAGGAGACAGCUAUGCACAUACAAAACUCAAUGGCAAGUGUGGAGACAUUGUACCAAGACUGUUAGAUCUUUUGUACUGUUUCAGCAAGUAGCAUUUUUGUCACUGGUAACUAAUGUUUUUGUAGAGACAUAUCGAAAUACACAUUUGACUGUUCAAUGUUGUAAAUUUUGAUUUGAUAUGUUGUUAUUUAUAGCUUCAUGAUGUGACAGAAGAUUAAUGAGAAAUAUUAUUUACAACACUACACAUAUUUGGUACAAGACAGGGCUAUUUCUUCUGAAAUAGUGGAACUGUUGAAAGCACAUUUUGAAUGUAAAAAAAUAUAAACUAAUGAAUGCACAAUUGUGUGGGUUAAUUUGAUAUUUCCAAUGUAUUUGACUGUGCUAGUGAACAAUAAGUGUGUGAAGUUCCAUAUUCAGUGUGGUCACUCAUUCUCUUCUGCCAUACACUAUGCAAAUGAGUUAUGUUUACAUGUAAAUAUUAUUCUUUUGGACCAUAUGCAGCUACAUUCUUUGUAUUGAUUAACACAAUUAUUACACUAUUUGUUCUGUCUUUCCUGCUUCCUCUUUUGUUAUACACAGAGCUCCCACUUAUGCUUACUGUGUUUCACAGGAGAUCUGUAAAUUUCAUUUGAGCAGAUUUUAUUUUAUUUCAUUUCAUUUUUAAUGUAGGGUAUUCACUCAUGACUUUAAUUUUAAUUAUAAUGUGUCUUACUGUGAAAGCGAUAAAUAAUAAAGGUUAUUAAUUAAAUAAAAGUAAGUACUUACAGUUAUGUAACAAAUCAAAUGACAAAAGUAAUAAAAUAUCAGUAAUUUGGGUCUUA